AUGAACGGCACUUCAAAAUCAUCGUAUGGUAAUUGUGAUACGUGCGAUCAACCACAAACUGACAACGGAUGGUGUUCUGUGUGCCAAACUAAAAUAUUUCAAGAGAAUUUUAUAAAUUGGACAAGCGGUAAUCAAAAAAUUGAUGAACUAAUCCAGGAGACGCAAAUUAAUCCAAUCAACCCUGGUCGAAUAUUGGAAUGGAUACCAUAUGAAAAGAUUAAAAUCGUGAAAAAAAUAGGCAAAGGUGGCUUUAGCACUAUUUAUGAAGCAAUUUGGAUUGAUGGCCCAAUAGUUUGGGAUGGUGUAAAGUUGAACAGAAAAUCUAAUUGUAAAAUUGCUUUGAAAAAUUUGGAUACUUCAUCUGAAUCUUUGAGUGAUGAAUACUUAAAUGAGUUAAAACUUCAUUUACGUUGUAAUAAUUCAGGUCAAUUAAGUCUCAAAUUACCAAAUACAACAGGAAUUUUAAAGUUAAAUGAAAAUUGA